GCGAAAAAGAUGCUUCAGCGGCGAUCCGGAUUGUCCCUUGAGGAAAAACAAUGCAUGGGGCGAAUGCCGCUGUACUCAGAAGCACUGCUGCUACAAGCUCAGCACAGGCGCGGUGGCAAAGAGAGUGAUACUGCUUCGCUGGCCCCGAUCGCAGCACCCCCGGAGGUGGAUGAAGAGCCUGGGGUGGCGCUUGCUCCAUCCCGUCAGGAGAUGACACGAGUGGAGCCUUUGCACGAUGUGGAGCAGCAGUUUGCGGCAGUGAUAGAAAGCAUUUUCCCGCUGCCUGGGAAGCCGGCCCAUAACGCUAGGCAAGUCAGUCGUCGAGCAGUCAAGGUGGUGUCUCCACCUGCCACGCAGGACUUUUGCCCAGGCGUAGAGUCAGAGAAGCACAGGCCCCGACAGGCCAAACUGCUUCCACUGCUAGUCCGCGAACGGGCGUGGAACCCGAAGGAGUUCCCCCUGAGGAAGAACUGCGUCGAGCUGGUCAAGGGCGCUCUUGCCACGAGGAUUGAGAGAGCCCUGGGCGGCAGCUUCAUCUUCGUGAACGAGGGCGCGAAGAGGCGCCCAGAACGCGUAGCUGCAAAACGGAAGGGAGGCGAGGGCACGCCCAUCCACGAUUUUCGACGAAAGCUACUUCAGAAGUGGCCCAGUAUUCAGGAAGCUUUCACGGAAAUUGACAGCUACGUUUCCAAGGUUACUCGGCCGCUGAACCUAUCUGAAUGGUCUGCAGCUUUGGCCACUCUGGGACUUGCUACCCAAGCCAACGCUCGCAUCAUCUACGACCUGUUAGACGAGAACAAGGAUGGCACCCUGACAUUGCAAGAGUUUCGCACCGGUGUGGAAGCAGCAGCGCCAGUGCACUGCAUGGAAAGCUUGCGGAAGCGGCUCUUAUGUCUUGGCUUUCCUUCGAUGCUAUCGGCGCUGUCGGCUAUGCAGCCCCAUGGCGAGGACAUGACAAUGAUGCCGUUAAACUUUCAGCAGUUCUCAGAGUGCCUCAGCCGAGUCUGGGUGAUACAACCGGAGGAGCAUCGCGCAGUCUUCGACGUCGUCCGGGACCCGUGCGAUUCUUCCAACACGGCUACACUCGCAGAGCUCCUCUGUGGCCUCAUUGCCGUUUCGCCUCCGCUUCUGCUGGAGGAGCUUUGGCUUCUUUCUCAGCGUCGUUUUGGCGGGGUCGAGGCAGCUGUGCAGGCGGUGAAGGCCCACUGUGGAGCAAAGCGGGAUGAUGAUGAGAUGGAGGAGGAGUCCUUGACCAGGGCCUUGCAAUCGCUGUUUGGAUUCAGCCCAGCAGAGACCGGGAAGCUUCUGCCGCUCAUCGACGUGGAUGGCGUAGAAGGCGUGUCCACUGCCGAGCUGCGGAGCGCUCUUUUACUGGCGGAACCCUCGUUGACUGUCGAGGGCUUGCGCAAGAAGAUGCAACUCAGCUAUCGCAGCAUUGCGGGGGCUUUGGAGGAGGUCGUGAAGCAGUCGCCGGAUUUCGCCGUUCAAGACUCCAAGUUUCAGAAGGAGGAGCUAUCUUUGCUGCUUGAGUCCAUUGAAGGAGUCGAAAGCUUUGAAAUGGAGGCUGUCAUCUCGUUCGUCAGCAGAGCCUGUGGGCAGCAAGGGAUCACCAUUGAAGGCUUCCUGAAGGGCCUCCGUCUUUUCGCACCUUGCUCUGUAUUGGAGGCUGUCCGUUUACAGCUGGGUGGUCGUGAGGCUGAGGCUUUUGCCAAGGUCCUAGACAAGCGCCAGCCGCUCUCAGAGGCAGAGUUUGUCGCUGCCUUGGAAAAGGCAAACAUGCGAAUGACCACCGAAGAGGUGUCUGCAGUCUUCCAGUUGCUGAAUGUGAGGAAUGCCAACGUUGCCACUCUUGGAGAGUUCGUUGCCCUCCUUCAGUGCUCGCGACCCAGGGUCCGAGCCUGCCGCGACCCGGCGGAGCUUCGGCGGACAGCAGCGCAACGGGUGCGGAAGGACUUCGCCCCCGUUCGCAAGGGUCUUCGCGAGCUCAAGCAAGGAAUCCGAGUUGCCAUGCAAGAUGGCCAGGAGCCCUCGUUCUACGAUCCAGGCCAGCCCUUGACUGCCUCAACAUCAUUGCCGGAUCUUAGGUGUACAGAGGCGUCAUUCGCACGGAAGACCUUCCAGAGGAUCUCCUCUACUCUCAGUCGGGUUCCUGACCUGGAUGAGCGAGGAACUAAGAUCGUGGAGAUUCGUGAUGGUAUUGGCGGCUACUUCGAGAGUCAGAAGCGUUCAUUGAGCACCCACGAGGAACUACUUGAGCAGCCGAUCCCCAGCCAGGUUAGCCGGCUGCGCCGUCGAGCUCAGCUGCCGCCACCACACCCCUAG